AUGUCCGACGCUAUUGCUGCCCAACUACCGGAGGAACAACCCCCGUCAUUGAAAUAUGACAGACUCCAAGCAACAGGGGCCCUGAGGGCAUCGUGGAUAAGAGACCCCACCAAAAACUGUCCAAUUGGCCCCUCACAGCUCACGAUGCAGAAUAUGGCAGAAUCGGGAUGGGGAAUCCGACAUCAAAAACGACACUUUCCACCGGACCAAAUCUACGAAGAAACCGUCGAACUGGGGCUUUCGGGAGAAAAGGUCUACCGCAAGAUCGUACUAUGGAAGUCUGGAGUAUCGCGCGGACAGUACUGGGUGCAUGACUACACAUUGAAAACGGGACCAGGUGUAAUUUUUGCCACGGAUAGCUUCCGGCCUGACUCGGCAUAUUGGGCGCAAAUUGCACAGGCCUUUUACCAGGGUGAGCACCCUAUCGAGGACCUGAAGUAUGUCUUCCAGUGUAAUAUCAUUAACCCUGAGACGAUUCUGUUUGUGCAGGAGAGCCUCUAUGUCGCAGCGAAUGGUCUUGGUUGGCCAGAUGACAGACUGCGUGUCUGGGAAGAGGGCACCGCUGAGUAUCAGGCUCUGCUGGGUACGAGGUUGGCCAAGGGUGUGGCUUAUUUGGUCCUGGGGGCUUUCCCGCGAGGGACGAGACGCAUUGCUAGGAUCGUGACUUGGGGAGGUCGUUAUAUCCCCUACAUACAGAUGCGGUUUGACAUUGAGAAGGUUUGA